GUUUCCAUGUGACUCAUUGACUCACAUUGGGCGAGGAAACUUUGUAGCCUUGUGUGAAGGGAGUUACUGCACAUGUGUUUCUCACUGUUACAACUUUGUUUUUUAAUCAAUGCAUUAUUUAUCUAGCUCUUGAUGGUCAUGACUGGAAAUCUGGGAAAUCUACAAGCUUCAGAACAACAACAACAACAACAACAGCCUCAGCCUCAGUGAUGAAUUGAAGACCUUUAACCUGUUGGGUUCUCCACAUGAUCUCUUCUAUAAUGCUUAGGUUCUGUUUGCAGAGAACCCUGAGGCCAUGUGUUCGAGGAGCACAGAAACGCUGCCUCGGCACACAUAAGCACAAAGAGAAACUGGAACUGCUAAACACUCCUACAGGAGCCAAAGACUUUAUCUACAGCCUGCAUGCUUCAGAGCGAAGCUGCUUACUGCGAGAGCUGCAGAACUUCGAGUCCAUUGCCAUCGCUCAGGAGAGCGGCCCAUUCAGGAGAGGGCUCAACAGAGACAGGGUUCAAGCUGAAGGGACUGAGGAGAAACUGGAGUCGUUGCCCCCCAGCACCAAUCAGCUGAGAUACGUGCUCCUUCACAACGCCAUCCCGUUUGUUGGAUUCGGCUUCUUUGACAACGCCAUCAUGAUCGCUGCAGGAACCCAGAUUGAGCUGUCCAUCGGUGUGACCUUUGGAAUAUCAACUAUGGCAGCGGCAGCAUUGGGAAACUUGGUGUCUGACCUGGCUGGACUUGGGCUUGCAGGUUAUGUUGAGGCCCUAGCUGCCCGCUUGGGGAUGCAGAUUCCUGAUCUUACACCCAAACAGGCUGACAUGUGGCAGACCAGGCUAAGCUCCCACUUAGGGAAAGCGAUAGGCGUCACCAUCGGCUGCCUGCUCGGGAUGUUCCCACUCUUCUUCCUCAACGAUGAAGAUGAAAACGAUUCUCCGAGUGCAGCAGUAACUCCAACCUCACACUCCAAAUAGCUUUAUUAAUACAAACCGCCGCACAACAACACUAUUGGGAUUUUUAUUUCCUUAAGUCUACUAAUGUUCUCAUGGACGAACUGUCAUUCAUGCUCUGUGUUCAGCAAACCAAUGAAUUGACAACAUCCUGCUUAGGAUUUGUUUCUAGAAAGUUCUGCCUUCAGUGGAACAGGAUGUCCAAGAUGGCCGACUAACACAACACUAACACUACACUGUUCAGCUACACAGUGAAGUUUUGUUCAUGUACAGCCUUGGGGUUGUGAGAAAUAGAACCCAUGAAGGUAGGGCUGUAAAAAAAAAAAAAAGGAGGAUCUGUGAAUUAUUAAGUAUCUAUACAAGUAUCUAUUACAUCUAUACAAACAAGCAAAAAAAAAAAAUCCACUUUGUCCAAUAACGUGCUAGCAGGUUUUGUGGCAAAAUGUUUUUAUCUCCCUGCAUGCUAGAUACUUUUUAAUGUUUUAAGCAUUUUUAAAAAACAUUUUUUUAAUCUAGUUAUAUACAGACAUAUGGAAUAUUUCAUAUAUAGUUUUAUAUAUAAUCAGCUAUAUAUAGGAUGUGGUAGCUUAGUGGUUAAGCUGUUGGACUACUGAUCAGAAGGUUGUGAGUUCAAAUCCCAGGUCCAAACGCUCAAUUGCUCAGUUGUAAUAAAUAAUAUAUAAUGCAAGUCCUUCUGGAUAAGAAUGUCAGCCAAAUGGCAUUGAUUAUUGUUUUAUCCAGUGAUAUGGAAUUUGAUCAGAUGGCAUUGCUGCAGGUUUUAAAAACCGGAUGCUUAUUAAAAAGUGCCUUCACCUGAAGUACCAUCUUAAUUUCUAUCCUAAUCAUAAGUUGUUUUACAGCAUCGGCGAACAAACGGGACGCAAUAUAAUAUACGGUAUGUGACUGCUCGAGUAUCUGGAAGCUGAAUUGAAGGAAGGCUUUAUUAAAACACUAAAAGGCUGUGAUUUGUUGUCCCAGAGGUUGAGUUAUAAUCUAAAUGGCAGUUGCAAUAAAACCAGGAACAAACCGUAACAAAUUUUGUAUCCCACCAGUGCAUCCAGUGUACUUUUUAACAGGGGGCGGGGCUAAUGGCUGGACCAGAAAAAUAUACACAGCAAUAAUGCAAAUGUCAGUUUUAUUAACUUAUCCAAUGAUGAUUUUUUUUUGUAUCAGAAUUUGACAUGGUUUGUUUUAGAAACUUUUUUUUUUUUAGAAAUCAUAAAACAGACCUUUAAACAAAUUUGUGUCUGAAAAAUUGUCUUUCAUGUUUGCAUGAACAAUGUCAUCUAAUGACUUUUUUUUUUUGCUUUCUAGUGUAUGUGUAUAAUAUGAGCAUAUUAUUAGUAUUAAUGUUAAUGUUAAUUAAUGUAUUUUUGUUAAGCAGUAUCAUGCUAACACGAGCUGUGUUUUCCUGCACAGAUAAAUGGAGAAAAUGCGAAUGUACCCGAGUUUGGAAACAAAGCCACACCUCCAAAUUUCUGUUUGAAGUGUGUUAAGCUUUUCAGUUGAUGUGGAUGAUAGAUGAAGAAUUUAGACGAGUAUGUUUAGUGCCUUAGUGACAUGUCUCAGGAUUCAUCCUGUUCUUGAUGAAAUUAUAUCGUUUUAUAUCAGACAGUUGAUUCUGCACUAAACAGUCACAUGGAAUUAAAACAUUUCAUUAGAGCAUGUUAACAUGUCAAUAAUCUGAUGCUGAAUAAAUCUAUUAA